AAUGCAAAUAUCAAACGGAGCCUUUACCGCAGACCUCAUCUUUUUUAUGCAAUCCGGCGACUUCCGCGCAUGCGUAUAAUGAACGACAGUCGGACUACCAAACUGGUCAAACAGCGGGUGUAAAAAUGCAUAAGCUGAAGUCUUCGCAGAGGGACAAGGUACGGCAGUUCAUGUCCUUCACACAGGCUGGGGAGAAAACGGCCGUGUACUGUCUCACACAGAAUGACUGGAAACUAGAAGUUGCUACAGACAACUAUUUUCAGAAUCCAGAGCUUUACUGUAAGGAAUCCAUGAAAACCUCAGUAGACCGUAAGAAGCUGGAACAGCUCUACAAUCGCUACAAAGAUCCCCAGGAUGAGAAUAAGAUUGGUAUUGAUGGGAUCCAGCAGUUUUGUGACGACCUCUCACUGGAUCCAGCCAGCAUCUCUGUGCUGGUUAUUGCGUGGAAGUUUCGUGCCGCCACUCAGUGUGAGUUCACCAAGAAGGAGUUUAUGGAUGGAAUGACCGAGCUGGGGUGUGACAGUCCAGAAAAACUGAAGGCACUUUUGCCAAGAUUAGAACAAGAGCUAAAAGAUAGUGGAAAGUUCAAGGACUUCUAUCAAUUCACCUUUAACUUUGCCAAAAAUCCUGGCCAGAAGGGUCUCGAUUUGGAGAUGGCCGUAGCCUACUGGAACCUGGUCCUUUCGGGACGAUUUAAAUUCCUCGAUCUUUGGAAUAGAUUCCUUUUGGAACACCAUAAACGAUCUAUCCCAAAGGACACAUGGAACUUGUUGUUGGACUUUGGCAACAUGAUAGCAGACGACAUGUCAAACUAUGAUGAGGAAGGAGCUUGGCCAGUCCUUAUAGAUGAUUUUGUGGAAUUCGCUCGACCAAUUGUAACAGGAUCAAAACGCAAAACUCUCUAAAUCUAAUCCCGACUCUGGAAAACCAGAACAUUGUUUCUUUUACAGUGACUUGAUAGUUUUUUUUAAGACUUGUACAAAAGAGAAAAAAAAAAAGAAAAUUGUAGACUUCAGAGUGAAAACCGAAGCACUUGAAACUGUCAGGAAACCACCUUUCAGGGAGCUGAGUAUAAACUACGAGAACGACUGGCCACGUUUUCUGCCCUCUUGAGUCUGAGGCGUCAUAUGGACAUUGCCAGAUUCUCAGUAUCCUGGAUGCCCCUGUGCUCUGCUCCAGGAGGAGCACUACAGCCCCCAUAGGUGGGCAUAGACACAGCACUGAGAGGAGGUUCACUGGCUGCGUGUACUCUGAAUGGACUGGAGAAGCUGUGUGUUUUAAGAUUCUUCCUAGUCAACCGUGUCUCAAAGCUCUGAGUGACUGUGCAAAGUUCCCAUGUCUUAUUGUCUUAUUCUAACCUUGGGACAGAGUGCUCACUACACCAGCACCAACAGAACUGUUGCAGUUUUUACUGUACAUACUGUAUCUAUUGGGACAGUUUACAAAGAGAGCUAUAUGAAGAAUAAUAUAAAUAUGUUCAAUUUAUAAAUACAAAAGAUGAUUGUUUUAUGUACAGUAAAUGCUAAGUUCUCUAACGGGAUGCCUCAAUAUUGUGGAUGAUAUGCUGUUGGUUAAAUUGUUAGGUGGCUCUGUUAAGUCAUGGAAUUGUGAGCUUCUCAUCAAAAGCAUGUUGAAACACAUUUUACGUCACCCCUGGCUGGUUACACCAAUACAUUUUCACUAAAGUAAAGGCAGUACUUUAAUUUAGAUCAUGGAUAUUGGGUUGUGUUGUCUGAAUAAUCUCAGUGGGGAGUGGGUCUUGAAUCCUAAAUGUCACAUAGUCGACUUUCUUUCAGAAGCAAUUUUGUUUUUUAUCAAUUCAUCACUUUGAUGCGUUUUUUUAUGCUUAAACAACUGUUUAGCAGCACUUGAGAGAAAUUCUGAAAUUCGGAAACGACUGACCUUUAGGAUUGCAUGGCACAUAUCUGUGUGUUUAGGCAGUGCAAAGCCCUUAAUACAGAAAUCAGGACACUAAAGAGGGCGACAACAGGACGACAAAGUAAGCCUUAAGAUUAAAAAUCUGUCUGUUUGAUAUUUGUAUUUCUGUUUAACCCCAUCUGUUCAGUGUUCCUGAAGGUAGUGAAAAAUAGAAAAUAUUGUUGAUACAUCGUGUAAGUAGCCUAAUAUUGUUCAUUUACGAAAGAUGAAUAAAGCAUGAGUUUUUCCAUAA